AUGGAAUCCUCCAUGAUCACCGGGGAUGGCGGCGAAGAGUGCAACAGUAAUGAAUCCGGGUGGACGAUAUACCUGACCUCCCCCACGAGCAGCUAUGAAGCAAAAGACAAUGGCAGUGAAGGGAGCAAUGUUGAAGAUGGCAGUGGCUACAUCACCGAGAGGAGGAAAGGGAAAGAAGAGAACAACGCGGAUGACGAUGGAGAUUACGAUUCCCUGGCGUCUGAUGCUUCCACAGGGCCAUCUCAAGUGAAGGUGCUUGAAGGCAAAGAAGAGAAAGAUCGUCAGACAAAUGACGGUUGCAGCAAUGAACAUGGCAAGGAUGAAGAAGCUGAGACACUUACCAAGUUCCCGACAGGCAGCAACAAAAAGGCAGGCAAGGUGAAGAAAGGGGACGAAAAAAGCAGCAAAAGAGGCCACAAUAGAAGACGUAGCUCAUCAAGAACAAGCUUCUUUUGGUAA